AUUCCCCCGUGAAAAGUGCUGUUCUUUUAGUGCUCUAGUGGUUCUUACAGCGUUGUGCAACGUGGGCGCUUCGGCAGGCCCGGGCGAGACAGGCGAGACGGCUCAACAACAUUCAACAACCCUUUCGCGCCGUCAACGGUCGUCGACAACAAUCGAUUGUUGUGUUGGUUCGUGCACAAAAGUUCCCGGCACACGAUGGGCUUCCUGCAGGACUUGCAGCUCAAGGGCUCGGAUCCGCGGGCGGCCACCUGCCGCAGUAAGCUGCAGACCAAGCGCUGCAAGCUGAACCAGGAAAUCAACAAGGAGCUGCGGUUGCGCGCCGGUGCCGAAAACCUCUACAAAGCGACCACCAACAAGAAGCUGAAGGAUACGGUUGCGCUCGAGCUGAGCUUCGUCAACUCCAACCUGCAGCUACUGAAGGAGCAGCUGUCCGAGCUGAACUCGUCGGUCGAGAUCUACCAGAGUGAAGGGUUGGACUACGUCAUACCGAUGAUACCGCUGGGGCUGAAGGAAACGAAAGAGAUGAACUUCAUGGAGGCGUUCUCGGACUUUAUCCUGGAGCACUACAGCGAAAACUCGCAAGCGUACGAUGAUGCCAUCGCCGAUAUUACGGACACCAGACAGGCUGCCAAAACGCCGACCCGGGAUAUGCUCGGUGUGUCACUGCUGUUCCGCUACUACAACCUGCUGUACUACGUCGAGCGGCGCUUCUUUCCAUCCGAUCGCAGCCUGGGCGUGUACUUCGAGUGGUACGACUCACUGACGGGUGUACCAUCGUGCCAGCGUACCGUGGCGUUCGAGAAGGCCUGCAUCCUGUUUAACCUGGGUGCCAUCUACACGCAGAUCGGCGCCAAACAGGACCGGUCGCUGGAGAAGGGGCUCGAUGCGGCGGUGGACAACUUUCUGCGGGCGGCCGGUGUGUUUCGGCACAUCUUCGACACAUUCACGAACGCACCGUCCAUGGAUCUGAAGCCGCAGGUGCUGGAGGUGCUGGUGGCGCUCAUGCUGGCACAGGCGCGCGAGUGUUUGUACGAGAAGCUGCUGCUCCAGCUGGAGCAACAUGGUGGUUGCCCCGAGGAUCAACCCAGGAAACGCAGAGCGGCAGAGGAGAAUGUGCAGGACGAUGAGGAUGAGGAGGAUGAGGAUGACGAGGAGGAGGAUGAUAAGCAUGCGGACCACAUUCAGAUACAGCGCGAUCUGGCGGGCGAAGCGACACAGGUGGCGCUGGAAUAUCAGGAGAUCCAUCGCAUACUGCUAAGCAACGAUGUGCACACGUACUUGCCGGAGUGCUGGGCCGGGCUGGUACCGCUCAAGUCGGAGUACUACAAAGCGCUCGCCCACUACCAUACGGCCAAAGCCGUGCGCCGGUCUGGUUUUAAUAGUAAGCAUCAGCAGCAGCAGCAGCAGCAGCGAAACCAUGAUGGAACCCGCCAUCGCGCUGACACAUUCAUCUUCGACGAGCUGUCCCUGCUGCACGAGCCGGGCGUGGACGCGGGGAUGAUCCGGAGGGCACACCUACGCGAAUCGCUGUACAGUCACGAGGAGGCGCAGCGGUUGCAGCGCAUGUGCCGCGAGCUGAAGAACAAGCUGGCCCUGACGAAGGUGCUGAAUCGGGCGCUCGAGCGUACGCGCCAGGCGCUGGAGCGGGCUCGCCGCCAUGGCCACCGCAGCCUAGCGGUCGGUGCGCGGCCACGAACCGACCCCGACCCGACCGGCGACCUCGACCUCGAUCUCGGCCCCAGUCAGCUCGGGGACGAUCCGGACUUUGAUCUGCUGCCCGCUGUCACGCUGAACACGCACUCCAAGUUUACGAUCACGCUGACCAGCCCGGACUUUACCGCGCACAAGAUCGAGGACCCGUUCCGGCGGCUCGGCCCAAUCGCCAUCUUCUCGGCGCGUCGCCACUGGACGGCACCGCGCAGCAUACGGCUGCAGAAGGGCACCAACAUGAUCGUGCUUGGUGGGCGCGGCGGCGGCACGGUCGAUCGGCGUAUACUCGGUGGUCGGUCCGGCGACGCGACCACAUCACCGUCCAGCAGCUAUGCCAGUGGCAGUGGCAGCAGCAGCUACACCAACAACCACCACCACACCAGCAGCCAGCACAGUGGCGGCAGGAAUGGUGGUGGUGGUCGCUGCUGUGGCGAGUGCGCCAGUAAGACCAACUACUACAACGACAGCCGCACCUGCCGGGUCUGCCUGAAGGAUGUGUGCCACGUAUCCGAGCGGGACUACCGAGCCGAGCUGCAGACCGCAGAUCCCGCGGGUGUCGCCCCGACCGCCCUGGAUUCGACAAACGCGAGCGAGGAGCACGAAACAGCCAGCUUCGGAUUCAACAUCCGGGGCGAUACGCCGGUCAUGAUCGCCUCGGUUGAGCUCAACUCUCUUGCGGACCUCGGUGGCAUUAAGGAGGGAGAUUUCAUCGUGGAGCUGUGCGGGGUCGACGUCAAGUGGUACACGAUGCAGCAGAUGCUGAAGCUGAUUCGCAACUGCGGAUCCAGCAUCGAGCUGAAGGUCAUCACACCGAUGGAUCGCAACUAUCAGAACUCCAUCGCCUCGAAUCACUGCAGCCAGGGCUCGAUAUCGACGCUCUCGGGUAGCUCGUCGGGCAUCUCGUCCAGUGCACCGUCGCCCACCGGUACCACCACCAAGCCGAGCAAGGCGCGCACCAAGCUCGGCAAAACCCGUCUUAGCAGCUUCACCUCGGGCAGCUGGAACCCGUUCCGGCGGACGCAAAGUCUUGGCAAAACGUUUUAACAAGCAAGCAAGCAAAGCAAGGAACGAUCGUCCUAUCGCGCGGUGAUCAUGGUUUCCCACACACACCGAUGGUACCUGGUCCUCCUGUGGAGGACGCUCCGUCCUUCCCCUUGGUCUUCUCCUGAUUUCUCCCGUAGAAGAGAAAUAGUGAGAACGAAAAAGAAAGAUAGAAACAAUGUGUGCGCGUUUGUGGGUGUGUAAGACAGAGAGAGAGAGAGAGAGAGAGAUAGCCCGUGAACAGCCGCAUCGAAUCUGUUGCCUUUCUAAUUUUCGAAUUUUAACAAAGCUAUAUGUAACUUCUUAAGCCAAGUGAUCGGGACCAUAAUAGGACCAUACUACACUAUUUCUAUUGUUUUAAGGCCAGCAGAGCCCAUCGCGUAGAGAUGCUAUGGUGCCUGGUGAAAAAAGUAAAACAAAUAAAGACUACAGUCGUUGCUCAAG